AUUUUUUUCAACAUGAACUCAAUGCUUACGGAAAGCUUCACGGCCAAGCUUUGUGCAAAAGAAGUGGUUCCGAUAGUGGCAGGGUAAGGACCGGAGAAUAAAUAAUUUGUGAUCGGUUGAGUCAGUUGAUAGACGCGGCCUGCGUCACGCUGACGAAGUUUGUUUUGGAGGAUCACGCGCUUUUGUGGUGACGAGAAUCAAACCUUUGCUAGGAGCGUGCUUGCAAACUCUGCCAAGGUUUUUCCAGAGCUUUCUACGAACAAUGAGAAUCGUGUACACAGUUGGAAAACAGUUUGGAAGUUCUCCAUCUUUGCACCUCAGCGUCGGUCUCUUGCUGCUUGGUUUCAUGUCGUCGUAUUUUUUUGAUAUAUGAAGCACAAGCGCUGUUGUAGACAUGGAGAGAGGGGCACGUGUGGAGGGGCACCCGGAUGUUCUUGGUGUGAAGGAGGGGGUGAUAGGAUACGAGGAUCGUGCUGACUGGUGGGAAUGGGAAGAUAGUCUGGGAGGGGGUUCUGGAACAUUUCUUUCCCAUCAGGUUCUUGCUAUGACUGCGAGAUUCAGGCUUAUGCAGCGAUCGCUAAUUCUUCAAACUUGUAAACGUUUUGAAACUUGAUUUUUGUUCCUCGGGUAGUGUUUUUGAAUCCAUUGGAGCGGCUUGAAAACGGUUUCCACUCUACUGCAACGUUCAUGUGUGCUUUAAUUUCUUGCAUUCGUUCAGAAAUUUUUCCUUCUGGUUAGCUGAUCUGAUGGUUACUGGUGGUGAGAAUCUUAGGGGUUUUAAGGAAUUGCAUGCUUUUAGGAAGAUUCAACGUCGUCUCAAGCAGACGUUGUAGAAGAAGUUUCAUCGGAGUAUAAGUGCAGGAAAGUAGUAAAUGAAAACUAGCUGAGCAACUUUGCAUUGUGCCAAUUGCAUAAUUACGACGACGGCAUUGCAGAAUGAGCCAGGCUAUCAUAACAAACGUUAGGAUGCCAGCCUGCAGUGCUGGUGAAAUCAGCUUACGAACUUGGCUGUAACUAACUAACAUCACCUGACUCGUUGCAAUCAAGAGAAGUUUCAUCAUUGCGCAACGAAGCCCCAGUUACUCACAACACUCAACCGAAUACAAUUAGUUCUAUAUUUUCACCAAUUCUUGAUGCUUCUGUGGAAUUUUUUGUUGGACGCAAGUGAUGUACACCAAUCAACCUCCAUUUGCGAAGGGGUGAGCGUGUUGAGCAAACAGUGAAAGGUGAAAUAGGAAGCGUCAGUGUGUAAGCAAUCCGCAGUCAUGGGGAUAUAGAGAUCGGCGAUUCGGCCGGUAGAUGUAACGGCCAAGUGGCGGCCAUGAUUAGGAUCUACAUACCUUCGACAUGGGCAUCGCAAAUUUCGUAUGGAAUCUGGAUAACGGCCAAUCAUAGCCGUACUCCGAACCUAUGCAAGACUUUCUUGGUUCCAUAAUGGCACUCUCGCUUGCUCUUCGCUAAUCUAACGACGACGUUGGUGGAGCAGGAUAUCAUUUCCCCUUCAUUAGUAUGUAAAGGACACUUCCUUCCCUCCUAGUUUUACUUCCCCCUGAUCAUGUUUCUGUCGCUUCCAUCAUCACGCCUUCACUCAUCGGGUCAAUGCUGAUCAUUGCCCCCCACAUUACAUCAUCAACCUGACCUUUCUCGUCUGCUGGAUGAAGGGUUGAAGCGGUGAAGAUGGGAAGCCUGCGGUGAGUUUAAAACUUUUGUUGCAUUGAGAGAGAGAGAGAGAGAGAGAGAGAGAGAGGAGAGAGAGCGCGAGACCUACAGCGUUCUCUGUGUUUGAGCUCCUCGAGUGGGUGAGAGUUGUGGGUUUUUAAAUUUUCAAAGGAGGGGAGGUGAGAAGCGGCUUGCAAUCAGAUCGGAUUUGUGUUGAUUUGAAGCCAGGAGCGAGCUGUGAUAUGUACUCACGUUUGUGAAGGAAAGAGACAAGAGAAACAACAGGAUUUAGAGGAAGCUGAGACUAAUUGUUAGAAAGGGCUGUGAUUGAUAAAAUGGUCUUUGAAGACUUCAAUCCUUGCAAUAUGUAUGGAAGGACGCAGCUGUGUGGCUUGGCAAUGCCUCAUAAGAUUCCUGGCUCGGGAAUGCUCAUAGAAAACGAAAUGCAAAAAUCUGUGGAAGAAACGCACGGCAGUCUGCAGGAGCCUGAUGAUUCUUACACUUACCAAGCAGCAGGCAAACGCUCAGGUGAUGAGGAUUGCUUUUUGCAAGAGAAGCGACCGAGGUUGAUGCUCAACACUUUCGAUGGCCAGAGUCUCGAGGAGGAAGAACAUGUGUUCAGUAGGAGUGUCUUUAGCAGCUGCUUACAGGAUCCUACGAUGCCGGAUUGCAGCACCAGUGGAGGCGACCUUGAAGAUGCGUUCAUGCUCCGGGACUUCCCCCACCCUCGCCAUGUCUGCGUUGUGUUUCCGUUUUAUUCUCCCCCGUGCGUAUCUAACAGCUCUCAUUGCAACAAGUGCUGGUGCUACUCAUGUGAAGUUGUGGCACCAUGUCCACUAUGGGGCACUGGACUGGAUAGCACAGACCACUGCAAUGCUACUACGUCCUCCUGGUUCUGGCUUAAACACAAGGUAAUGAGCGGGCGCGCCGUUGAUCAAGGCCCGGUAGGAUCCAUCACCAUGGGAGACCGACCAUGCGGGUUCUCACAAGGUCUCUACGAGCAGUCCUCUUUCUGUUCCGUGCCAUUAGGUGGCACCUUGGAGCAGUCUGAGAUGAGCCAUGACCUCAUUAGUUUGCAUGAGGAGUGCGCUGACACCGACUGUCUAAUCGGUUCUUGCAGCCCGACUUCGUCCAUCGUCUUAAUUCCCUCUCGUCAUCGUUCAAAUCCCUCUACAGACAGCCAUUGUUUUGAAUUUGGAACAGUCCACAUCCCCUUCAAAACACGGCAAUUGGACAAAUCAGUGGAGGAGCUUGUGAGGUCCUUCGACAAAUUUUCCUUAGAACUGUUCUCCAGUAACUUAGGAGAUCAAGACAAGCAAGUGGAACUACAACAUGUAGAAGUCAUUGCAAGAGACGACCUGAUUCUGUCGAAGUACCAUGCUCUUCUGAAUGAACUCUUUCUGAAUGAAGCACAGGGACAUCUGCAAGUCAUAGUAACUGUGUCUACGGAUUACAAUUUGGCCGAGGUAGGCACUGCACAUAUUCGCACAUUUUUUAGAAAAGACCGUGGAGAUGAUAUAUUGGUGCUCCGAGAGCUUCUUGAAGAGCUUUUUCCAGACGAUCUGGCUCUUCGCUCCCACUUGCAAUGCGUUGACGAACUUCGUCGCUGGACGGAGACAUCCGAUGACUGGAAAACUUUUGCUGGUCUCCUUAGAGAUCUGGAGGGCAAUUGCUAUGAGGAAGCACCCCAACCUCCGGGGUUGUCCGUGCCCUUACGUCCUUACCAGCGGCAGUCUUUGCAAUUCAUGCUGGAAUCCGAACAAAGGGAGGACGGUUUUAUUAGCGUAAACUAUCAACCUCUUCAAGCUACAGUCGGUGGUAUGUCCCUCAUGUAUUCAGCUUCCCUUAAUCACCUCUUGCUGAAAGAGCCUCAUGAAGACAGGUCUGGAUCUGCACCGCGAGGAGGGUUUCUUUGUGAAGAAAUGGGUCUGGGUAAAACAAUUGAGAUAUUAGCUCUCAUCUUGGCGAACCCUUGCCCUGUGGAUCGGUGUGCGCCUGCAUCUUCCAAGGGCACGCUUGUUGUCUGCCCUGUUUCUAUCGUGGGACAAUGGGCCAACGAGGUUAAGAGCAAGCUUGCUGCGAACCUUAACAUUUACAUGUAUCAUGGUUCUAAGAGAAUUCGAGAUCCGAAAAGACUUGCUAAAUUUGACAUAGUUAUUACAACGUACGCAACUCUGGGCAGUGACUUUAGUAAGGCUACACAGGCUACACGUCAUGGCUCAGGAUUUGCAGAACAGUUUUGUCCUCUCCUGAAUGUGAACUGGUGGCGUGUUGUGCUUGACGAGUCCCAUACGGUGAAAGAUCCAGCACCUUUGCAUUCACGUGCAUGUGCUCAGCUAAAAGCAGAUCGCAGGUGGUGCUGCACAGGCACACCCAUAAAUACCAGUAUUUAUGAUCUUUACGGCCAGUUUCUAUUCUUGAAACUGGACCCCCUGGACAGUAAGAGCACUUUCAGAAGAAGAAUAGGGCGUUCUUACGAACGACAGUGUAAGAGCGAUGAUCAAACAGUGCUUUUGUGGACCCUGCACAAGAUUAUGAUACGUCACACAAAGCAGCAAAAGUUUAACGGAAGGGAGCUGCUGAGGCUUCCUCCCAAAACUGAGCAAGACUUGCCAGUCACCUUCACCGCUCAUGAGCGUCGUGCGUACGAGGCGGUGUAUCAGCAUGUGAUACGUAAAUUUGAACAGUUUCGCUGCUGGGGUCCUACUGUGGUUUCCAAAAACAUUCUCCAGAUCAUGUCCCUUCUCCUUCCUUUGCGGAGACUUUGCAGUGGAGGCUUUGUUUCACAGGUUGAAUUGAUCAUGAGCAAAGAAGAAGUGAGCCGCAGCAGUAAUGGAGUAUCGCCGGAUACAAUGUUAUCAGGAGGUGCACCAAUUUCUCCUACUCUCAAAGGUCCUCAAGAUGAAAUGGAUGGCGAGUGUGGCAUUUGUUUUGAACUCAUGGAGUGCCCAACCAAGACGCCUUGCGGGCACUGGUUUUGCAGUGAGUGUGUCAUGUCGAGCUUGCCCACUGGAUGUCAAGGGUUUUGUGCAAUCUGCGGCAGUCCAGUCAUGGCAAAUCAGCUCUGCACGUACCCUCCAAACCUGGCCAUAUCUGCUACACUUGUGCCUCUACUGGAUCCCGCAACAACCUCACCAACUACGUCCACAACUGACUCUGACGAGUCUGCGAUGCCUAUGAAGGGAAUACAGAUGAAAUCUAAGUGGAAGAUAUUACUGGCUGAUUUGGCCAAAGUUAGGAAAGAGCAUGAUGGAGCCAAGGUCCUCAUAUUCAGCCAGUUUAUGCAAACUAUUGCCUGGCUCAAAGCAGAAUUCAAAAAACAGGGAAUCAAUUACCGGUUCAUCAGUGGUGAUAUGCCAAUGAAGAAGCGUGCACAAGCUAUAGAGGCCUUUCAGAAAGAUCCACCAACGACUGUCUUUUUAUUGUCCAUACGGACAGGAGCAGUAGGCAUCACCCUGACAGCUGCUUCUCACGUUUACAUGUUGGAGCCAUGUCUCAACCCCGCACUAGAGGAGCAGGCGGUCGGAAGAUGCUGGCGGAUGGGUCAAGAGCGUCCAGUUGUUAUUAAAAGAUUGUAUGUGGAAAAUUCUGUGGAGGCAAACAUCUUGAAGUUGCUACGUUCACGGAUGUCGGUUGCCAAUAUCUCCGGCUCUCAAGAUGUGGACUCAUCCAACAGGUCUUCAAAGAGCGGAAAAAAUGCAGUAGCUGAUGUGGCUGGUUGUAUACGCACUGACAAGCAGAACUUACGUCUGAACGAAUUUGAGAUACUUUUUUCAUGAAGUAUGGACUUUUGAAAGAGGAACUUUCUUUCAAUCCUAGAUAAAUCAGCACCCUGAAUUAUGUAAUUGUACAUUACAGAGCUAACGAGUUUAGAAGGACCCUUAGCUAGUUAGACAAUAACUAUACUCAACAACCUUAUCAAGUUCAGUAGUAGCUGACGUUGUGCGAUCCGUGUGCUACCCAUUUGUUAAGAACAACCCACUUUCUGAUGGCAAAUAAGAAGACCAUGGCCGAACGACAUAGAAACAGAAUAAGGAUAGGGGACGAGAAACUGUACAGUGUUUCAGGUGUCCACAAAUUGGACAUCUCCAAAAAGGCCGCGAUUCCGAAUUGAUAAAUGCCGGGGUCCAGCAUCUUCUAACAAAAGUUAUUGGACACUUAUUAAACUUUGAAAAUGAACGUCAAAAGAGUGUUCACGUCGUCUCUUAAUCCCCCAACUUCUGGAACUUCUGGAACAGUAAAUGCAUGCAAGGCCGAGAUCCUGCUAAAUUCUAUAAGAAACUAUGGAAAGUCUGUUGCACUAAAGACAUAGUGCGUGGCGCAAUUUAGCACCAGUAUAGAGAGCUCUUGAGAACCAGCAGUUGAGAAUCAUAGAUCUACCCUGAAAGUGGAGACAGAAUAUUGUGAUAUCCAUGCUACAGGAUUGUGAUGAAGAAAUUUAGUUCUAUCAGCUUCGCCCUUCCAAA